ACAGCGGGAAGCGGGCAGCGGGAGCGGCGGGAAUUCCCGGACGAUGCCCCCCGGCCGCUGAAGUUGGGGACAGCGACAGGGACGGACGGCGCAGGGGACAGAUGGCGACAGCGGGCAAGGGCAGCAAGGCGAAGGGGACAGGAGUGCGCUUCGCCCCCGAGGGGACCCAGGGCCACCCCCAGGAGGGGACACAGGGCCACCACCCCCAGGAGGGGACCCACGGCCACGUCCACUUCCAGGAGCAGCUGCACGACUCGGCCGUGAUGGUGACACAGGACAAGGACGGCCACUUCCUGGUCAAGGUGGGAUUCCUGAAGAUCCUCCACAAGUAUGAGAUCACCUUCCUGCUGCCCCCCGUGGCCAGGCUGGGGAAGGACAUUUGUCCCCUCCCUGUCCCCAACCCCAACCUGCGCGUCAUCAGCGUCACCUCCCUGCCAGAAGGGCACAGCGUGCGCUGUGAGUACACGGCGCACAAGGAGGGCGUGCUGAAGGAGGAGCUGCUCCUGGCCAGCCACAGCCCCGGCCACAUCAAGGUCACCGUGCAGGCCCGGGUCAUGGACCGUCACCACGGGACGCCGAUGCUCCUGGACGGGGUGCGCUGCGUGGGCGCCGAGCUGGAAUACGACUCCGAGCACAGCGACUGGCACGGCUUCGACUGACCCCAAAACCCCCCACCCCGGGGGUCCCCAAAGUCCCCAAAGCACAGGACGGUCCCCAAAGCGGGCGGGGGGACCCCGCUUGUCGCUGCUGCCGCUGCUUCGCCCUCACCCCGCAGCCCCAGGGGGGGGUUUUGGGGGAAUUGUGCCUCUUGGGGUGGGAGUUCUUCCUCUUGUCUGGGGUGGGGGAGGAAUUUUGCCUGUGGAAUGUGGGGUGGGAGCAGGGAGUCCCCCCCCGUGGCUCUGGGGUUGGGGCCACGUCCUCCAGCCGUGUCCUUGUGUUGCUGCCAGCGCCUCUUUUUUUGGGUUUUUCUCAGAUUUUUUCCUGUUUUUUUCCCUCUUUUCCCAUAUAUUUUUUUUUUUACCCUCAUGUUACAAGGACCAGGAGCAGUUUCAGGAGGUUUUAUGUGCCUAUAUAUAUAUAUAUAUAUAUAUAUAUAAAUAUAAAGAUAUCUUACAUGCCUGCAGGGGUUAAAGUACAAAAUCCCACCUCGGGAAGGAGGAAAAUCCCACUGGGAAUGGGCCGGGAGCCCGGAUCUCCUCCAUGAACCUGCCCAGAGAGACAGGGGACACCCCCAGGUGGAUGAUCCCAAAUAGUCCUGGACUGGGACUGGGACUAUUUGGAUGGGGAGGGAUCAUGAGGCAAAUUCCAGUUCAAGGGGGGCCUGGAGAGGGUGGGGGGCAGGGCCUGGGGUCCCCAGGAUAACAGGGGGGUCUCAGUCUGUGAGGGAAUCGAAGGUGCGAGGUCCUGGGAUGGUCCCCACAAUGAUGGGAGGUCUCAGACGGGGUGGAAAUUGGUGGUGGCAUCUCCAGGAAGGUCUCAGUUGGACAGGAAGUCCAUGGUAGUAUCUCCAGGAGGAUCUCAGUUGGACAGGAUUCAAUGGUGUUGUCUCCAGGAGGGUCUCAGUUGGGCAGGAUUUGAUGGUGGCAUCUCCAGGAAGGUCUCAGUUGGACAGGAAGUCAGUAGUGGCAUCUCCAGGAAGGUCUCAGUUGGAGAGGGAGUCCAUGGUGGCGUCUCCAGGACGGUCUCAGUUGGACAGGAUUUGUUGGUGGUAUCUCCAGGAAGGUCUCAGUUGGACAGGAAGUCAAUGGUGGCAUCUCCAAGAAGGUCUUAAUUGGACAGGAAGUCAAUGGUGACAUCUCCAGGAGGAUCUCAGUUGGACAGGAAGUCAAUGGUAGCAUCUCCAGGACAAUCUCAGCUGGACAGGAUUUGAUGGUAGCAUCUCCAGGGCCCCUCAGUUGGACAGGAAGUCCAUGGUGGCAUCUCCAAGGAACCUUCUGUUGGAAAUGAAGUUGAUGGUGACAGGUCCUGGCGGUGUCCCCAUGAUGACGGCGAGGUCUGAGUUGGAGAUUCAAUGGUGCAGUCUCCAGGAAAGUCUCAGCUGGACAGGAAGUCGAUGGUGGCAGGUCCCAGGGACCCCUCAGUCAGACAGGAAGUUGAUGGUGGCACAUCCUGGAUAGUCUCAGUUGGACAGGAAGUCGAUGGUGGCAGGUCCCAGGGACCCCUCAGUCAGACAGGAAGUCAAUGGUGGCACAUCCUGGGACCCCUCAGUUGGACAGGAAGUCAAUGGUGGCACAUCCUGGA